GAGAGGUGCUCCUAAACCACAAGUUAACCACAAAGCCAGAGAUGCACAGGUGACUUCUGCUUUUUCUCUCCGGCUGCUGUUAGAGGGACUGUUAUGGAAGCGUUUGGCCUGAGAAGGACCCAGUCCUUGAGAAGUCUCUCUGGGGUUCUGGAGAGGUCAUGGGUCACGCCAGCUCCCACCCGCUGGGACAGAAAAUCUGUGUCUCAGAUGGUGCGACAUUACCAAAGUUGUGCUGACCUAAGGAGUAUUGAAAAAGUGGAGCAUAAAGUCCAGGUGUCAGAGAGCUGUGUAGACAGUCGAUGGAGAAAGAUGGACAGCAGGGAGAAAGCAGCCCUCUGGGCAUCUGGAAGAAGCUCGACUCUGUCUAGGAGUCGCUCCAUGGACUUCCUCCCUGAGAGGGAGUCCACAGGCACCAAGGCUCUGCGUGCCCUGUUUGAGUCUAAGGCCACCCUGCAGCAAGGCUUCAACAGCAGCCCUCGGCUGAACUCAGCAGCUGCUACUGGCAGUCAGACAGGGAGAGACUGCCCUCUGCAGGACUGGAGAAGUCACAACACCCCUUUGAAGGAUACAAGCGUUAAGAGAACCGCCCAGGUGGAGGGAGGAAAAGCCACUAAUAGGCUGCCAGAGUCUUACAACAGAGCAUCCAGAUACUCACACGAUGACAAAUAUAGUCCACCACUGACUAAGGGGGGCACCCCAACAAGACAAACCAGAGACAGGAUAUCUACUUCCUCCUCAGUGAGAGACAGAUCAGCUAUCUAUCUGUCAAAAGCAGCAGCUAUCGACUCCACAGGAGGCUCAACACAGCCAGAAUUCAUUGGUACUCCAGGAACGAGGGCUAAAAACAGCAAGAUGACUGAACCAGCCAGGAAAAUCACAGUUUCACAAUCAUCUCAUGGUGAAGACGACCUGCCUCCCCCCCCACCUCCUCCCGUACCACCUAGACCCCUCGACUAUGAAGGGCCUUCAGAAUUAACUAGCCUCCCUGUUCCUCCACCUAAAGAAACAUUCUCCACGUUCUACCAGCAACGGCAGAAGAGUGAGCUAAAGAGGCUCUUUAAACACAUCCACCCAGACCUACGGGCGAGUCUUGAUGAUGCCGUGGAUGAUGAGAUAUUGAAGGCAGUGCAGUCAGAAAACGCAACAGCAGACGCAGCUUAUCAGUGUGAAGUGCAGUCCAUGAGGUGGAUCUUUGAGAACUGGACUCUAGACAACAUUGGGGAUCCUCAUACAACCAAGAAGCUGCUGUAUGAUGAAGAGUUGAAAGGUGGAGAUGUCAGAGGCACUUCCUCUGUGUUUGAGCAUACUGACAGCACCCAACAAAUGUCUGCUAAAAGACAGACUUCUGUAAGAGGGGAUGUGAGAACAUCAAUGUGGUUGUUUGAGACCCAGCCCUUAGAUUCUCUAAAUCAAUCAAAAAGAGAAGAAGGCGAACUGGUCGAAGCAGUGUUGAAAGAACCCAUCCAGCCAGGAGAUGUGAGAGGGACUCGACUGCUUUUUGAGUCUAAACCAUUAAGCGACUUGGGACGCUGCAACUCCAUAGAAGACCAUAGCUUCCUCAAACUGAGAUCUGAGCUUCAGGAGCAGAAAGGAGACAUCCAGAAGACUCUAAAACUCUUCCAGGCAGAACCCUGCUGUGCAAUCAGGGACAACAGUGGCAAUAUCCAUGAGAUUAAAUCCAUCUGCAGGGAGGAGAUCAACAGCAGCAACAUCAGUACUGCCCGUUGGCUUUUUGAAACUCAGCCUUUGGACCUAAUAAAUAAGGGAACUGAUGGGGUAAAAAUAAUUCGGGGUAUAUCUCUGGAAGAGGGGCAAAGAGGAGGAGUUGACCAAAAGAGGUGGAUGUUUGAAACUCAGUCAUUUGACACAAUACAAGAGGUUGUAGGAGUGGACAAGUUUGAAGGAACGGUGGCUGAAUGCGCAGAAGAAGCUGAUGUUGUCAGUAAGAGAAAGCUCUUUGAGAUGCAACCCUUGGCAGCACUAAAAGGAGACUCUGCAGAAAAGUCUUUGGAAAAGGAAGAAAUUAUCGGGGGAGAUGUCAAGACUUCCCUGUGGCUAUUUGAAACUCAACCCAUGGAGACCCUUAAUGAUAGCUAUGAAGUUGGGUCUUUGAAGAAAGUUACCCUUUCUACUGAUGAACAAGGUGAAGUGAAAGGCAAAAAACAAAUAUUUGAGAGUUGCAGUAUGCAAAACAACAUCUCGUUCAAGAAACAAGAGAUUGAAAAGGGCGAUGUUAAGGGAUUCAAACAUCUUUUUGAAACCAUUCCUCUGUGCAAAAUUACUCAUUCAGAUGAGGAGAUAAUUGAGAAGGAAAACGCUAUUGCAUCAGGAAAUGUAAAAGAUAACAAAGCAAUGUUUGAGACAACCCCUUUAUAUGCAAUAAAGGACAGCUCUGGAAACCUCCAUGAGGUCACAACAGUCAGCCGAGAAGAGUUCAUCAAAGGGAAAGUCCAAAACUAUAAGUGGAUGUUCGAGACCAAGCCUUUGGAUGAGCUUACAGAGGGAAAAGUAAAUGUUGAGGUAAUCAAAGGCAUCACCAGACAGGAGGAUAAAAUGGGCGAUGUCAAGAUGGCAAAGUGGCUUUUUGAAACCCAGACAAUAGAUGGGAUCCAUUCCAAGUUCAACAAGACAGAGCAGAACGCUUCUAUAGAAGAGGAAGCUCAGAAAGGUGAUGUCAAGACCUGUAAAUGGUUAUUUGAGACUCAACCAAUGGACAUUUUGUAUGACAAAGCAGAAAAAGUUAAUGAUAAAGAAGCCAUUGACAAUACCAAUGUCAAGUCUAUUACUUGGCUUUUUGAAUCACAGCCUCUGGACAGCAUCAAAGAUGGCGAAGAGUACAAUUUAAAGCUGUGUAGCACCAUACAGGAUUCUGUGAGAUCGGAGGUUGGUGUCCAAACAGUCAAACAUCUUUUUGAAACAGAAACCUUGGAUAGAAUAAGAAAGGAUGCAAAUUCUGAACACGAUGUGAGAUGUGUCAGCCAGAUCAACUUUCAGUCUGGAGAUGUGUCACGAGUCAAAGAACUUUUUGAAUCUCAGUCCCUUGAUGAAAUAGGAUCUGAAAUGGUGACAAAAACAUCUGAUGAACAGAACAAAGAUGAACACAUGGAAAAAGGUUCAGUACAUACAUUUACUUGGAUGUUUGAGAACUGCCCCAUGAACCUGAUCAAUAAAGACAAUGAUGAUGCAAACAUUCAGAGAGUCAGUGGCGAAGAGAGUGGUGAUGUACAGAACAAAAAGUUUAUAUUUGAAACUUCCUCACUGGACCAAAUCCAUGAUCAACCCCUUGAACAGAAGUCAGACUCUGUGGAACAGCCUGUGAGCAAUGUUGACGUAAAGUCCAGCACCAUGAUGUUUGAGUCCUUGCCACUAUAUGCCAUUAAAGACAAAGAGGGCCAGUUUCAUGAAGUUACAACUGUGAAAAAAGAGGAGGUAAUGAGCAGUGAUGUAAGAGGAGCAAGGUGGAUGUUUGAGACAAAACCCCUUGAUGCCAUCAAGGCAGAGAAUGAAGUUUAUGUGAUCCGAGCUGUCACCCAAGAAGACGUCAAGAAAGGAGAUGUCAAAUCAGCCAGAUGGAAGUUUGAGACACAACCCCUGGACUCCCUUACCAGCCGGGAUGAGCCCUCUGUCAGGGUCAUUGAAGACUUAAGAAGUAGUAAUGUGCAGCUCAAUAAACAGGUAUUUGAAUCUGAGCAGUCAAGUAACAAGUUUGUGCGAAUGGUUAGUGUCACUGAUGUCCAGCGUGGUGAUGUCAGGACCUCCACUUGGCUCUUUGAGAAUCAAACCAUUGACAGUCUGAAAGGGGAACCUCAGGAGCAAAGUCCUGUAAAAACAGUCCACAGAGAAGAUAGCCAGAAAGGAGAUGUCAAACGCUGCACUUGGCUGUUUGAAUCGCAGCCGCUGGACAAAAUCAGGGAGUCUGAGGAUACCUUAGUGCAAAGUACUGAGGAGGAGAUACCAAAAGCUGAUGUGAAGUGCACUACCUGGCUCUUUGAGACCACUCCACUGGACAAAAUUACUGCAAAUAGUGUUGCUGACACCCUGUCCUAUCUGUAUCAAAUGACUUUUGUUCACUCAAGUGGCAUCAUAAUAGAAGCAAAUGAGAGUAGAAAUGUUAAUAUGGCAAAAUAUCUGCUUGAAAGCAACAAAGGUGUGCAAAUCCAGAAGGAGGAAGUUGUUGGGGGUAACAUCAGGAACAUCAUGUUACAACUUUUACUCAAACCAACCCUAAAACCCCAAGUUAGCCUUCUUAGAGAAGUGGAGAAUGGUAAAGUGAAUACCACAGUUGUAGAACUUCCAGUCUACCAGUCACCCACAAUUAUCAAUCUCGAGAGGGAUCAAAGAGUACAAAACAUUGUCCAAAUGAUCGAUGACUUGCUUGCUCAAGAUAAGGACUUGAAAAAAGGAAUCAUAAUGCAAGAAACUGCAGGGGGACAAGCUGAGAUGUCAGUUUAUUCACUCAUCUGCAAUUAUGAAACCAACACUGAGAGUCAAGUUAGAGAGAAGGGAGAUGUAAAGUCUACGAUUGGAAAUCUCUUAGCUACUGCCAACAGCCAGAGGACUGCAGCAUCAUGCAGAGUGGAUGAAAAUGAAAAAGGAAAUGUGAAUUUGUUCAAAAGUUGCAUUGAGAAAGGAGAUCUUCACUAUCUGAAAAGUCUUCAUACUGAGGCAUCAGGAGAUGAAGUUGAUCACAGCCCUCUGACUGAGGAGCAUAGUGAUAUAGUUCAGGGGGAUGUGAAGGAAGCAAAGAGAAGUCUCUGUCAGCAAAAAGAGCCAGUAGAGCGAACCAUUUCUGAUGUUUUGCCAGGGGAUGUCAAGAACACCAAAAAGGUUUUUUCAUCUGAGUGCUCUUUCAGUGUUGACAACUGUGUUUCAAAGGAAGAAAUCAUCCCUGGUGAUGUCUUAUCAGCAAAGCAACAACUUGCAGUACAGCCACCUAUAAUGGUAGAAAAAGAGGACAUUGUGGCUGGGGACAUCAAGGCAACAAUGCAGUCAUUAGAACGUGCAAAGCAACAGAGCAUGUCUGUGGAACGGGAGAUUGUUAAACCUGGAACUAUCUAUGACAUGGACUUGUCAGCUGAAGGUACUGAAAUAGAAGAAAGCCAAACACAAAAAGAGGUCAUUAUAUCUGGAGAUGUGAAAGCAGCAAAAAAGUCCCUCGAAAUGGCUAAGCAGCAAAGCAUGCAUGUGGAGCGUGAAGUCAUUGUCCCUGGAAAAAUAUACAACCUGAAUGUCACAGCACAAGAGGAAAGCUCCUCAGCAGUGAUGCAAUCUACAUGUUCGUCUGCCUCCAGAUGCCAGCAAAACAAGACUUAUCCAAAGUAACCUGUGAAGGACAA